AAUGAAUAAAGCAUGUUGAGUGCGGCAGCUAGGCGGAAAUUUGCGUCUGUACAGUUGCGCAGGCGCUGAGUGCUGCCUCUGCGGCUCGCCGAAUCACUCUGUGUUCGACCGCGAAACUGCGCGCGCGCCUCAAUGCCUUAAAAUAAUACGGCCUUAUCGCUAGUGCUUUUACAAGAUUGAUAAGAUUGUUACAUCAGUGUGAUAAGAAACAUUUAAGUCCGAUAACGGCUCGCGGGCGGACAGUUCAUGGAAAUGCUUAGGCUGAUGUGUAAUUAAGUUUGAAGACAACAUACCACAUUGUUGGUAGCACCAGCGUUAUUGUGCUAGAAACCGUCGAAUGUCGCGGCACGCACUAUGGGGACGACGAAAAGGCUGAAGAUUACAGUCGUGGGCGACGGUAUGGUCGGCAAAACCUGCUUGCUGUAUGUCUAUACAAAGAAUGAAUUCCCAGAAGAAUAUGUGCCUACAGUGUUCGACAACUACGUAGACCGCAAAGUAGUGGACGGCGAGGAGGUGGAAAUGGCGCUGUGGGACACGGCUGGCCAGGAGGACUACGAGAGGCUGAGGCCUUUGUCUUACAGCAACACGCAUUGUUUCCUGGUGUGCUACUCCGUCAGCAGCCGUUCGUCCUACGAGAACGUGAUCCACAAGUGGUAUCCAGAGCUCAAGCACUUCAGCGAGUCCGUGCCUAUAGUUUUAGUAGCUACCAAAAUCGAUCUUCGAGGAACAGACAAGGCUGUCAUUACUACUCAAGAAGGGAAAAAAUUAAAGAAAAAAAUUAGGGCUGCCCAACUAGUGGAGUGUUCGGCACUGGAGCGCGUCAACAUGGAUCUCGUGUUCGAGGAGGCGGUGCGCGCGGCACUGCGCAAGAAGCCUGUGCGUGCGCGAGCCUGUAACUACCUCUGACCGCCCGCCUGCCCUGAAGCCCAGCAUUCACAUGCAAGCCAUUACUUAGGAUUAGUCGCUGGCGACAAAUCCAGAUUAUCUCUAAGCGACAAAUCCCUCACACAUCGAAAUUGUAAUUGCAAAACUCGAGUCGAUAGACAAUAGCAACUGAUACAUGAAUACGCGGGUGGGAUUAGUUAGUCGCUAAUUUUUUCAGUAUUACAGAGGCUCAGUUUUAACCUACAUAUACUUAUGGCAAUUGUAAUGUUUCUACGUCCAGGGCAGGGCUUGACAAUCCACAAAAGCGAAUAUGUAUGCUGUCUAUACAUGUGCAACGACGGAUUGAAAAGUGUGAAUAGUGAUAACCACGGGAUAGUUGUAAAUGAAAUGCUGGGCUCUUACUUCCACUUUUUUUUAUUUGUGUGCAUGAUGUUGGGCUACAGAUAAAUAGACACAAAAUGUUGUGAGAUGCUUCAUACUCAUCACCGCGGGCCUCGACACACAACGCGCCAUGUCUUGGGUUUGACAUUUUGAAACAAUUGACAUAUAUACACCGUGGGCUGGUUAAAACCAACAGAUUUUAAAGGUGUAUGCUUGAUCGCAUUUAGAGACUAAAAUGUCAUACAAAGUUUCUGAAAUUGGUCUUGUUUCAAAACCGAGACGGAUGGAGAUCGAGGGGGGAGACCUUUGCCCAGCAGUGGGACACCAUAUAGGCUAGUAAUAACUCAAUGAAAACACCUUUUUUGACUGCCACUCUGCCACUGUGUCAUGUGUGACUUGGUUUAGACAUACCUACUGACAAACAUUAAAAGUUUAGAGGAAACUCCCAAUUUUUGUCAGUAAAUAAAAAAAAACUUUCCCAUUUAUUGUAAUGUUUUUUUUUCGCCAAGAUUUAAAAAGAUAUAACGUGUGGUGUGCAAAAUAGUAUUUUAUACAAUCGUGAUAUAAUAGAGAGCUUUUCAGUCGAGUACCGUGUUUUGGCAUCGAAGCUUGCUGAGUUGCCAAAGUGAGGUACGAGAUUGAAAAGCUGGAUUAUACCACUAUUGUAUACAAUACUUUUUCUACAAACUAAUAAAAUCAUACAGGUAAACAAGCCAAAAGUAUACAGCUAUUUAAGAUACGCGAGCAGCCGCGAUACCUUCAUACUCGUACUCGCGGUUUUCGUAGUCUAUGGAUGUUGCUAUAUUAAGGGUGUCACAUGUGCGUUUAUGACUUAUGAAGCAAUUGUUUCUACUAUACAACCUAAAAUAAAUAAUUAAUUUGAGCUAUCGUUUUGUUUCGUCCUCAUGACCGUGGCGAGCUGUGAUUGGUCCAUUUCAUUAUAGUUGACUAAACCGUUUCAAAAUGAAUAUUAUAGUUGAGUUGGGAGCCCAUGAUACACUAAAAGUACCCAAUUACAGUUUGAUAUACGAAAUCUUAAUUCAACUAUUACAGUCGACGAGUAGAAAAUUUUUUUGCUCCAUAUGACCUCGGGAUUGCGUGGUUAUAAUCUGUAAGGUUUUACCAGUCCACGGUGUAUAUGUAAUAUACUUCUUAAACAUGCUGGACGCUCUUUAUACAUAUACAUAUUAUAGUCUGACUGACCAGUGGUGCCAGAAGCAGAAGGAGCUAAAAACCUCUACGUAGGAACCUUUCUUCUGGCGGGUGGUUUUAAAGAUGCUCCGGUGACAUCACAUGUUGGCCAAACUGUAAGUAAUAUCAUUAUGUAUGUAUUAUUCGAAAAUGAAUAAUAUUAGAUUUUGGCAUGAUAGUUAGUUGGAGUUAUGUCAAGUGUCCUAACCAAACUACUGAAAUAAUGCGAGUGUUAUAAGUUAAGAUACGCUACUAGUAUCUGUACAUUUUGUAUUAUUUAACUAUGAGCAUUUGUAUUAUUAAUGAUUAUAUAAGUUUCACCAUGUAAAGUACUGCCCUACAAAUAGAUUUUAUCCAAUUAA